AAUCAGCGCGGCCCGCGGCGGCGCGGCCCCUCCCGGCCGGAGCGGCGGCCCGCGAGCUCCGCACUGCUCUGCGCUCUCGGCCCUGGACGGGGCGCACCGAGGGGCGCGCGGCUGCUGCGCUCUCCGGGAGUCUGGCGGCAGCUCCCGCCGCGCCCGCUUCGGGCUCGCCUUUAGAGAGACGUGAGAACUUUCUCUAGGAGCCGGCGGAGGCGCUGGGUUGCUCUCGGGGCUGCCCGCAGGGAGGAGGCACGUGUACAAUAACCAAAUUGUGGCUCUCACUCUUUUCAUCGAUCCAGUGGACGGCUUCUGAGUCUGAGAUCUGCUGCUGGAGUCUGGAGCCUGUGUCUCUUGGUUGGUGUUUGCUACUCUUUGUCACCUUGGCUUUCCUCCGUUUUCAGCCACCUGUGCAUAGGUCUUUUAAGCUAAUUUUUUGGAACUGCAGAAAUGGUUGAUCCUAGCCACAAACAGGAAUUUGGAGUUGCUCUGAACUAUACCCUGGAUUAAUUGUAUUUGAUUGGAACCAAAGCUUAAGACACAUCCAAGGAUGAAAAUCUAUGCUAAGUCUGUGUUGCUGUCACACUGGCUCUUUCUGGCCUAUGUGUUAAUGGUGUGCUGUAAGCUGAUGUCCGCCUCGAGCCAGCACCUCCGGGGACACCCAGGUCAACACCAAGUCAAACAAGGGACCUGUGAGGUGGUUGCCGUGCACAGAUGCUGUAACAAGAACCGCAUAGAAGAGCGAUCACAAACAGUAAAGUGUUCCUGUUUCCCAGGACAAGUUGCUGGCACCACUCGGGCUCAGCCUUCUUGUGUUGAAGCUUCCAUUGUGAUUCAGAAAUGGUGGUGUCACAUGAAUCCGUGUUUGGAAGGAGAGGAUUGUAAAGUGUUGCCAGAUUACUCAGGUUGGUCCUGUAGCAGUGGCAAUAAAGUCAAAACUACAAAGGUGACACGGUAGCAGAGGUUUGCUUCAAUUCCAGAGGAGUGACAGGAUGCAGAGCUCUCUUGUUUGGAUUACAGUCCUGUCCACGUUGUGGGAACCAGUCUUGGAUUUCAGCAACAUCACAUUUGCAUAUGUGUGCUGUAAAGUGGCGUUCACUUAACUGUCCCUGCCCUUUCUUAUUCAUGAUUUUGUUACAUUGAAUUAUAAACACAAUUGCCAAAUUGAUGCCCUAUCUGCAUUCCCAGGGAACAUACCUUCAAGACAACCUGGAUGAACAAUUCAGAGACUUUAAAAUGGAUUGCCGCUGAAGGAGAAUUUGUUUUCAAUUUCUUUCUGCUAUUACAAAGGGACAUGGAUAUUUGUUUCACCGGCUCCUCAUUCUGUUUGUUUCUCUUCUAAACUUUUCUGCUAGCCUUCGAAUUAACGUGGUUUGGGAGGGUGCUAAAUACCAAAACAUUUUGGAAAAACAUUUGCAAAUGUAGGUUAAUGAACUCUGAGUAAGGGGUGAAUAAAAAUUUAUAAUCCUUGAAGAAUAAAAAGACUCAUUGGGUGUUAUUGUAUGUGCAUUUAUACUUUUUCUUUCAAUGAUUUCAAAUUUGGUGUAUUAAAUUUCUUCAAUAGGUUAGCAGAAGUAAAAUGGAAGUUUUUUUAUGUUAGCACAUUAUUUCACUGAGUUCUAAGGAAGCAUAUCAACUCUUAAUAUUUUACAACCAAAGCUUAGUUAUGACAUAUCCACAAAAGAAAUAAAACCUGUUGGGAUUUUUUUAUGGCAUAUGCCUAGUUAUUUAGGUGAAUCACUUAAGAUAUAAAAGUCUUGUUUAGAUCAAGGAUGAGUUCUUGGAUCCAGUUUAUGUCAAUUAUAUUAAAAUAUUUUGUUUCCUCCCAGACAGAAGACUUGAAAUGCAGAAUCUUUAGGCUGUAGAUGAUUUAUUUUUAACUUUGAUCUUUCCCUACUUACUUAUUAGCCAUUUUCUUUAAAUGUAAGGGAAAUCAGAGUCAUUUAUUCUUUGGUUUAAUGAUUUUGCUGCUGACAUGUCUUCAAAAAUUCUGAGAUGCUGUUCUGUAGAAACAUUAUAGAUGAAAAGUAACUGAUUCAGAUUUUUAAAAUGUAUAAUGUUAUUAAAAUACACACAACUAUUAUAAUAUGGAUAGAUUUUUUUAUACUAAGAAAUGGCAAAAACAUAAUUUACCACUGUUAAUUAUUCUUGUCAUCUCAUUUCAUUUAAAAAUUGUGGGAGAAACUAAUAAUGUUGUUUAUACAAGUUAUAUUUUCUUCUUACCAAAGGAAUGGGAGGAGGCAGUAAUUUCUUGUUUGCUUAAUUUUGUUUGAAUUUGACUGACUUAAAUGCUUACCAGAAUUGUUACUCUCAUAUUAGAGUGUAAAAUUCAUUUUGCUGAUGGUGUGUUAAGUUUUGUAUUAUUUAAUGCCUUAAGACUUUGUAUUGACAUCUUAAACUCACAAAUUUUAAAUGCAAAUGUGAAGAGAAACAAAGUACCUUUUUAAAAAUAGCAUUCGAUUUUGGGAAUGUUUACUCUAUGACAAACUUGAUAUCUAUAUAUAGAUGGUUAUUUUGUUUCUUCUCCCAAUAAUUGUACACCAAAUAAGAUAAAAUAAAAAUGACACUGCUUCACCUUGA